CAGCUUCAGAAAUGAAUGCACUGCAACACAGAUAGGAUAAGACCGGAUCCGUGCAGACCACACAUUUACCAGUUAAUUAACCGUCCUGUUGCUGUCCCUCUGCGUGUGUUUGGACCAGCUGCUUAUCUGUUCCUCUCCUUUCAAUGUUUUUGUUUUUCUUUGUUUUUGGAACCGGGGAUCUGAAGAGGAAGUAUUUCAGAAUUUGGGAUUUUAUUGACUUGAAUAGCUUGUAAUAAAAUUUGCAACCUGUUUUGAAGCAAGUGCCAUUAGGUUAAAGGAAAGUUAAGAGAAUGAACGACGAAGGAAACAGUUCCACGUGAAAGAAAAGUUUGGACAGAUUAUCUCGCCAACAACCCCGCUACAUUUGAAAAAUCUCCAGCUGAGGAACUAAACUGCGCUUGUGAAAUUACAGAAGAAAUGUGAACACAGAUUUGCGCCGUUGAUCCACCGAGACAGAUAUCUGCUCUUCAUUCUGACAGGUCAGGUGUGUGUGCGGAUGUAAAACGCUGCUGUGGUCGCUCUCAGUCACAGUUACACCUCUCUCAGCUGAAACUCGACUCUCAACCGUCACCUCUAACCGCACACCGGGGCGCGCCGAGCUGGAAGUGCCGCCAUGGGACGAUCCAAACACUAAUGUGAUGGACUGUUGAUGGAGAGGAUUUCGAAUGUCAGCCGGGACAGUGGUCAUCGCAGGAGGAAUUCUAGCCACAGUCAUCUUACUGACCAUUGUCGCUGUACUGUGUUUAUGUAGGUUGCAGUAUUACUGCUGCAAGAGGGAGGAGUCUGAGAAGGGGGAAGACGAGGAACCAGACCUCGCCACCAUGUCACCAACCUGUCCCCUGGCUCUUUCUGCUCCCCCUACGCCUCCAACACCGGAGCACUAUGGCGAGGAACAAGGGACCUAUCCCCCCACCUUCCUCACUGAGGCCAAUGGGCCUGCCAGCUACUCCCCCACACCACCACCGCGUAGGUGCCAGCGCUCACAUGCCUUCUGCCCAUCCUGUGCUCGCUGCUCAUUGCCCUUCUACCUGCAGCACCCAGAGAGGCUGUGCAAUGGCGGCCGCAGGAUCAGCUACCGGACUGUGCAGCAGCAGGACCUGGAACUGCCCAUGGACCUGGCCAGUCUCUACCAGAAGCUGAACCUUAUCCGCUCUGUUACCAUGAGGGAGGUGGUCACCCACAGUGUCAGCACCGACGUCUAAGAGCAGGCAGGGUGGAGGCAAUGCCACCCUGUCGACUUGGAGGAGAGGUUUACAGUAUAUAAGCUGAACUGACUUAGUACUGUCUG